GCACAGACAGAGCACAGGCGGAGGGGGCGGAGGGGCGGGGUGGCAUGAAUACAUCAGAUUUGAGAGCCCCCUACUGACCCGAUGUGAAAUACCCGGACACAGUCGCACUCAUUUGCCAACCGAUGCGGUUAAGAGAUCCAAACAGAUUGGCCGGAUUGCGACGGUGCCCCGUGAGUGGAUCGCUCAGUUGCUGACAUGCCGACACUUUGAGUUUCUCCCCUGAGUCCGCCGGUUGCGCGUUGCUUGUUGGUCGGUGUGAGUGUGAGAGUAUGAUCCAAGUGUUCAUCCCGUCAGUGGGACAUCAGCUGUACAAGUCCGGCGACAAGACUCACACUGUCUUUAGAGUGGAUGUUUUGUUCAACGGCCGCAGACAUACACUGGAAAGACGCUACAGUGAAUUCCAUGCACUUCAUAAGCUGCUGAAGAAGACUUGCAAAGUACCAGACUUUCCACCAAAACGAGUACCAAAUUGGAUGUCCAAAGUUCAGGAACAGAGGAGGCAAGGAUUAGAAGCCUAUAUACAGGGUGUGUUGUGGUACAACACAGAUGUUCCCAAGGAACUGCUAGAUUUUCUGAAAGUCAGACACUUCCAUAAAGACAAAAAGGACUGCAGCUCGGGCUCCCCAUUAUCACACAGGGCCGUUGUGGGGUUCUACAAAGACUGUUAUAUAUUGCCACCAGACACAGAUAUCCUAGAGAACAGUGUUUUGCGCGGAGUGCUGCAGGGUGUUUACCAGCGCCAGGACCACAAGCACCAUUCCACAGUCAACAAAAAACCUAUUACAACUACACAAGUUUUGGAAGUUCAGCAGCCACAACACUGACAGGCUGGCCUACCAGAACAACACAACUACUGCUAAAACUCCCACGCACCUUCACGAGGCUUUGUAUAUUUUCAUAUACUGCUUUGGGCAUACAAGUUGUGUACAUUGUACAUUAUAUAUUACAAUGUGUGAUGUGUUCCUUUAAAUGUACAGCAUCAAUUGCCUUGUAUAGUCUAACCCCUAUGUUGGUAUAAUAAGACAUUCUGCUGUUUUCUGGUCAAUGGGGAUUAUACACUUGAAUACAGCCUCAAUUAAAGAACACUUUAUGUAUUAA